AUGAAAAGAUACACCAUGACACCAAUUUCAAGAAAAAUGCAAAAAUUACCUGUCAAUGGCAACAAGACACCUAUAAAAUCUAGACAAUCUUUUGCACCAGAUGAAAAUAAAAAAAGGGAUGUGCGAAUGGUAAGAGACUCUAAUUAUAAAAAAUCUUGUAUAGAUAAUGUUUAUAAAUUUCUAUCAGAAAAUAAUUUUGAAGGCAAUUUAUCCCAAAAAGUUUUACAAAAUCCAUCGAACAAAGAUUUUCAAAUGAUUUUUAAAUUUAUUUUUUCAUUUAUAGACGAUUACGAGUACACGAAUAAAUUUGAAGAAGAUGUUAUAAAUAUUUUAAAAAUACUAAAAUAUCCUUAUUCCUCAGAAAUAACAAAAAGUCAACUUACAGCCAUUACACCACAUAUCUGGCCAAUAGUGCUAAGUAUGUUGUCUUGGAUGAUAGAUCUUAUGUUGAAUAUAGAAAAUCAAUUUAGUAAUUUAUCUUCUGAGAAUAGUAUCGAUACUUUUUUUAAUGAAUUUGUGAGUAACGCAUAUUUAAAUUAUUUACAAGGAAAUGAAGAUGAUGAGGCACUUGAAGAAGAGUUUGAAACAAAGGUACAAGCUCUCUAUUCAGACUUGUUUAAGGAUGUAGAUAAUAGAAAGGCAAUACUAUUAAAACUAGAAGAUGAAAUUUCUAGUUUACGAUCAAAACUUGAAGGAAUGGAAAAUUUGGAUGAAAAGAAGAAUGAUUUGUUAGAAGAUCUUAAUAGUCUUAUAUCAUCACAGAAACAAUUGGAAAAUAAAAAGUCUAAAUAUUUAAACAUUAUUAAAAAGACACAAGAAGAUAUUGAACUUGUUGAAAAAGAAGUAAAUUUACUAAAAGAUCAACAAAAUGAAAUUAAACAGAAGAUUGAACUUCAAAAAAUUAACCCAGAAGAUGUCAAAAUAAUGAAUAAAGAAAAGGUAGAAUUGUACAAGGAAUUGGAAAAAAUUACACCUGAAAAAGAAAAAUUUAUGGUAAAAAAUAAAGAACUAGAAAAAAAAUUAUCUGAAGUUUAUGAAGAGGUUGAAAGACUUAACUUUGAUUUUAACAAUUUGAGACCAGAUGUGAAUAUUAAAAUGUCCAGAAAUGAUGACAAAAAAUUUUUUAAUAAAGAUUUAGAGGAAAUUCGUAGAAAAUUAGAAAACGAACAUAAUACAUACAUACAACGUUUAGAAGAAUUAAAAAUUAGUAAAGAUACUAUAAUUAAUAUUAAAGAAGAAAAAGAAACAAACCUUAAGGAUUUAGAAGGAAAGGUAGAGUACAGUCAAGGAAAAUUGUUAACUACCGGAGAAAUUUACUUGAAAAAGAAGAAAAAUACAGAAGACGAACAGAAAAAAAAUAAAAAUCAAAUGGAAGGACUGGAAAGAGAAUUACUACAACUGAAUUUAGAAUCAAAUUCAUCUUUGAUACAAAGUGAGCAAGGUCUUCAUAAAGCGAAGAUAGGACUUGAUUUAAUUAGAAAUAAAUGUAAACAAGAGAAAGAUGUUAUAAAAAAUUUAAUAUAUAAUUUUCAAAAUAAUAUGGAAAGUUACAAGUUGACAAUGAAAAGAUUAAAUGAUAAACUACAAAGUAUGAAAAAUCAACAAGAAUAA